UCCUCCAGGUGCUCUGACAUGUUCUCCCUGUGUCAGCGUGGGUUUCCUCCAGGUGCUCCGACAUGUUCUCCCCGUGUCAGCGUGGGUUUCCUCCAGGUGCUCUGACAUGUUCUCCCUGUGUCAGCGUGGGUUUCCUCCAGGUGCUCUGACAUGUUCUCCCCGUGUCAGCGUGGGUUUCCUCCAGGUGCUCUGACAUGUUCUCCCCGUGUCAGCGUGGGUUUCCUCCAGGUGCUCUGACAUGUUCUCCCCGUGUCAGCGUGGGUUUCCUCCAGGUGCUCUGACAUGUUCUCCCCGUGUCAGCGUGGGUUUCCUCCAGGUGCUCUGACAUGUUCUCCCCGUGUCAGCGUGGGUUUCCUCCAGGUGCUCUGACAUGUUCUCCCCGUGUCAGCGUGGGUUUCCUCCAGGUGCUCUGACAUGUUCUCCCUGUGUCAGCGUGGGUUUCCUCCAGGUGCUCUGACAUGUUCUCCCUGUGUCAGCGUGGGUUUCCUCCAGGUGCUCUGACAUGUUCUCCCAGUGUCAGCGUGGGUUUCCUCCAGGUGCUCCCACAUGUUCUCCCCGUGUCAGCGUGGGUUUCCUCCAGGUGCUCUGACAUGUUCUCCCUGUGUCAGUGUGGGUUUCCUCCAGGUGCUCUGACAUGUUCUCCCUGUGUCAGCGUGGGUUUCCUCCAGGUGCUCUGACAUGUUCUCCCUGUGUCAGCGUGGGUUUCCUCCAGGUGCUCUGACAUGUUCUCCCCGUGUCAGCGUGGGUUUCCUCCAGGUGCUCCGACAUGUUCUCCCCGUGUCAGCGUGGGUUUCCUCCAGGUGCUCCGACAUGUUCUCCCUGUGUCAGCGUGGGUUUCCUCCAGGUGCUCCCACAUGUUCUCCCUGUGUCAGCGUGGGUUUCCUCCAGGUGCUCCCACAUGUUCUCCCUGUGUCAGCGUGGGUUUCCUCCAGGUGCUCCCACAUGUUCUCCCUGUGUCAGUGUGGGUUUCCUCCAGGUGCUCCGACAUGUUCUCCCUGUGUCAGCGUGGGUUUCCUCCAGGUGCUCCCACAUGUUCUCCCUGUGUCAGUGUGGGUUUCCUCCAGGUGCUCCCACAUGUUCUCCCUGUGUCAGUGUGGGUUUCCUCCAGGUGCUCUGACAUGUUCUCCCUGUGUCAGCGUGGGUUUCCUCCAGGUGCUCUGACAUGUUCUCCCUGUGUCAGCGUGGGUUUCCUCCAGGUGCUCCCACAUGUUCUCCCUGUGUCAGUGUGGGUUUCCUCCAGGUGCUCCCACAUGUUCUCCCUGUGUCAGUGUGGGUUUCCUCCAGGUGCUCUGACAUGUUCUCCCUGUGUCAGCGUGGGUUUCCUCCAGGUGCUCUGACAUGUUCUCCCUGUGUCAGCGUGGGUUUCCUCCAGGUGCUCUGACAUGUUCUCCCUGUGUCAGUGUGGGUUUCCUCCAGGUGCUCCCACAUGUUCUCCCCGUGUCAGCGUGGGUUUCCUCCAGGUGCUCUGACAUGUUCUCCCUGUGUCAGCGUGGGUUUCCUCCAGGUGCUCUGACAUGUUCUCCCCAUGUCAGCGUGGGUUUCCUCCAGGUGCUCUGACAUGUUCUCCCCGUGUCAGCGUGGGUUUCCUCCAGGUGCUCUGACAUGUUCUCCCCGUGUCAGUGUGGGUUUCCUCCAGGUGCUCCCACAUGUUCUCCCCGUGUCAGCGUGGGUUUCCUCCAGGUGCUCUGACAUGUUCUCCCUGUGUCAGCGUGGGUUUCCUCCAGGUGCUCCCACAUGUUCUCCCCGUGUCAGCGUGGGUUUCCUCCAGGUGCUCUGACAUGUUCUCCCUGUGUCAGCGUGGGUUUCCUCCAGGUGCUCCCACAUGUUCUCCCCGUGUCAGCGUGGGUUUCCUCCAGGUGCUCCGACAUGUUCUCCCUGUGUCAGCGUGGGUUUCCUCCAGAUUGAGAAGUGAUGCAGUGACAGCAGAUGAUGUCUACAGACGCUCUGAAAGAAAAACAAGGAUCUGGGUUUCCUCUGCAAAGCCUACGAGUCGUCUUGGAUCCAGUUCCUGAAAGAGACGGCGGGUUCCCUCAACAGUUUUGGGGUUUGGAUAUCAACAUGGACGGCAUUGAACACUACAUCUGGGAGCGCCGCAUCCACCAUGGGGUCAGGUACCAGAAGAGCGCAGUCCCGUUCCCAGACUCUGUUGAAAUCGGUUUGGAGUUCAACGCGGCCCUGGAGAGGAAGGACAAGUUAGAUAUGUGUCUGCUGACAAACAGCGUGAUGCUGGAGCUUUGUGAAUUUGCCAAAACGGUGACUAGGUCCGAGAUGUAUUUCUUGUUUGAAAUACUGGAGUUCAACUUUGACCUUGGUAUGGACACGGUCGAUGAAUGGCAGUGUUACGACUUAACAAAACGCGUUCACACUAAAAUAAGGAUGCUGAGGGAUCAAAUCAAGUUUAAACCUCAUAGAUGGCUAGAAACUUUUCUACUGCCACCCCUGAGCAUUCCAGUAGCAUCCGCUGGGUCAGAGCAGUCUGAACGCUACUACCCUAAAAGAAACACUGUCGUGGAUAGUUCAGUCCUCACUGGAGGCAGCAAGAACAGCGAGUCUGCAGAACAUCAGGAUAUGGAGAGUAGCACAGCUGCAAUAGUUAUAAAGAAACAAGGAGGAGUCCGAUUAAAAUCAACAGCUGAUGCUUACCCUCACUGUAAAGACCUCGGUGUGACUCUGGUUGUUCGACCAGACAAUGCACCCAAAGAGAAGCUGGACCCAAAUCUGAUAACCAACGGCGUGAUGAUGGAACUACUUGACUUUUCCAGAGUGCUCUGUGGAACCCACACUGGGAUAGUUUGCGACUUGGUCAAGCAAAACUUUGGUUAUGAGUUGGUAAGAACUCUGUUCCGUGUUCAAGUAGCCAGGCUGAUGGAGAGGAAGUACGCCUGCCAAACACCCGAGGACAAGAGCGCUUUCCGAAAGGAGGUUUUUCAAGUCCAGCUGAACAAACGGGAACAGAAGCCUAAAAAGAGAAAAGACCCUGACACAGAUUACCAAGAACUGGAAGAACCAACAAUGGCCAGUAAUAAAAGAGAGAUGCUGAGGCUCGAGGACGAUGAUGCAAAAGACAUCUGUCAGGAGAGCGACCUGUCAUACAUGUGUCCAGUUGAUUUUGAGGCAGAAAUGCAGUCAGGUUCAGAUGCCGAACCAGAGAACGUGAAGUUUGAGAGUUCUAAGCCCGAAACAAAGUUUUCUCUGGAUGUAAAGGAGGAAGAGGAGGAAGUUUUCGUCUCCCCACGGCAGCCUGAAAUGAACGUCCACAACCCUUAUUUGUUUGAGGUAUGUCCAAAGGACACAACUCUAAAAGAAAUCGGGAAUCUGUUUUCUGAAGACAAAAAUGAAGACAUGGAUGUAAAAACAUAUAAACAGAAGCUGUGGAUCAGACGUGCCCCUCGCUCAAAGGAAAUCCUGAAGUCUAGUAGAGUGAACGACAUGUUUGCCCAAUGCAGAGCGAGAGCUUUAGAUUUCAAUAUCGGCUCAGGCAGCAAACAAAAUGUGGAUCUGCAACUUUUCACCAACCAGGUGUUGUAUGAAGUUUAUAAAUUUGCACUUGCAAUGACAAAGAGUUCACGCAAUUUCUUAUUCGAUAUACUGGGCAACAACUUUAACCUUUUCUUCCACAAUGAAGUGCAUCAGCGCAAUUUUACGUCUUACAUGUUUGUGAAAGAAAAGAUCCUCCAGAACCACCCUGACAGAUGGAAAAUGGAGUUCCUCAGCAGCCCCUUUCAUUUACCUGAAGUUUACAACAUGGUUGAUGUGACCAGUGAUUUUCAAACUAGACAGGAAGCUGAGACAGAGCAGCAAACAAACGGGGAUUCACAGCCCUCGGAUUCAAGCCAGCAGGAAGAUAUGGAGCCACAUCCGUUUUGCAAAAAGUUUGGCCUCAACCUUUGGUCAACAGAAGAACGUUUGGCGAGCCAAAAGCUUGAUUUGACGGUCCUGACCUCAGGCGCCGUGCUGGAAAUAUUCGCCUUCAUCAGAGAGCUGUGUGGAUCGCUCAGGGAGCUAGUUAACGACAUCCUCGAGCACAACUUUGAUCUCGAUCUGCAAAGUGGAUUGACAGAGGCCUCACAGGUGAUCCAGAGAUGGUACUCCACCCAGAAGAGCUUGAUGAGAAAGUACACCUCAUCACCAAAGGUAAGCAGAUGGUUUAAAAUGGUUGUCCCACUGAAUGGUCACUUGCUGCUUGAUCCAGAACCACAAACUGCCAACAGCCUGGAGGAUCUGGAUUCAGAAGACUCAAAGCCAGAAAUGGAGGCUUUAGACAGAGAUGAGGAGAUAGAAGAGAAAAAAGUCAUCCGCUAUCACUUCUGCGAAGAAAUCGGAUUGGAUCUUGAUGUCAACUCUAAACCAGGCAAAACAAAACUCGACUUGGGAGUGCUGACGAGAGGAGUCCUCUUGGAGAUGCACCAGUAUGUGGAACGAAACUGCAGCCGAUAUGUUCCCGCUCUGUACGAGAUUCUGGAGUACAACUUUGAUCUGAGCCCUCAGGGCCAUCGGAGGGUGGAGUUCGCCUGGUCCAUCGCGGCGCAGGUCAUCGCCAUCGCAGGUAAAAACGGCAGAAAUGGAGAAUACCUGAACAAAGUGAUAGAGUUGCCUUUCGAGGUGUCCGAGUCCUCGCAGAUCGUCUGCAAAGAGGAGCCGGAGGACGGCUUCGGUGAGCUGGACCUUAACGAUAACAACGACAUUGUGUUUGUCAGAGAACUGAAGCCUGUUGACAUAGAAGUGGAGAUAGAUUAGAGUCGAUAUUCUCUAAUAGAGGGCUGCAGGGGUGACCUUUAUUUGUGGGACAAACCGGAAGUUAGCGUCACCUUGGUUUCCGCAACAAAAAGUCAGUGGAAUUGUUUCUUUGGGUUAUUGCAGAAAAUAAGAUCUGUGAUGAACAAAAGUUUAUGAUACUUGUUUGUUUUGUUCAGCAAGAUAAUCUCCACAAACACCACUAGGAUGAUUGAAGCAGAAAUGCAGUCACAGAAGUACAAAGCUGGUGUUAGACUAUAAACGAACUACACUAGACGUUAGCGUCACCACCACAACAAGGCUGUAAAACUGUAUGAUGAUGUUCUGUGUCUCAUUGGGCCACUUGUUAGCAACCGCCUUUUUGAAGACACAUAAAAGCUUCAAAAUUCGUGAAUGAGGUAUUUACUGAUGAACUUUAUGUUAGAGAACAAAAUGUCAAAGUCUUGUGUUAAUCACCGACCUUUUUUUAGAUAUCUAACCAAAAACACGUUGACUUCAAGACGAGGCAACAGGAGGUGCAGAAACGCUAACUAAUUUUUGUGAUUUAGGACACAUGCAGCACUCUAUUGUUAAUGAGUCAUUUGCUUUGUGAAAUACCAUAAAAUUGUUUCCUAAAACCCAAGAUGACGUCCUCACAUCACUCAUUUAGUGUAAAACCUGAAGACGUUCAGUUUACAGUCACAUGUGACAAAGAGGAGCAGCAAAUAUCGUCAUGUUAGAAGCCACAACUUGUUUAAUAUUUCUGCUUGAAAAAUAUUCAGUUGAAAACAGAUGCCCAUUAUUUGUCUGUCAGUCAAUCAAGUCAUUGCUUCAGCAAUAAAAAACAGCACAAACUACAGCAAUUGAAAGUUGAAUCAACACUAUACAGUAUGUAGCCUUCACAGAGGUUGGAUUUAUUGCAGUUAGGGUUGCCACGGUACGAUAACAGCCUCAGAAGAUAUUGUGGUUUCAUGGUGUCAGUCAGAAUGAGCCUUAAAGGAAAGAAAACAGACGGGUUGUGUUUGGUUGAACAGACGUUUUAUUAUUGUAAUUGAAAGUUGAAAACAGAUUGUUAUGAUGGAAGUUUGUGUAAAACUCUCCCCUUUGGAAAAAAACUCAAAGAAGAGAUUCAGUCUCCAGUUGCAUUUUUUUUCCCAGUAUCAUACGUUAGCAAAUGGACACUGUAGGAUAACCCUCAGUUUUCAUAUCAUGGUGUAGCUCGUUAUCGGUAUAUCGUUGGAACCCUAAUUGCAAUACUGUAUUCAGCUGCGUUGGUUUGAGCCAGAUGAACCUGGUGACACACUGACAGCUGAAUGUGAUCAUCAUGUUUGGACCUUUACUUUUAAUGGUUAAUAUUCUGGAGAGUGUCCACUGGGGCUGGCUUCGUCUCAAACCUCCCAUUGUCUGUGAUCACCUGUGUUGUUUUAAUUCAGCCAAACUCACAAUAUAGUUUUUUCUACUGUACUUUUAUUUUCUGUUUGUGGAACCAGUACAAUAAAGGGAUUUGAUCGCAGCUCGUGAAUGGUAACUGCUGCCAUGCCGGGAUUUGGUUUUACGAUUAGGACUCGACAUCUGACAUCAUCAACAUCAGUGGAGGUUAUUAAAGAAGAACUGCUGUAUGAUGGGAUGUGUCUGACUGAAAUGGACCGAGUGUAUGUUCAAAUGUCCGACCUCACGUGGCGGAGGUAUUGAUGAGGACCAAAGAAAGUCCAGUGUGACGCAGUUUGGACGAGUGUCUCUCGGGAAAUCUGUUGGCAGGAACGUUGAACACCAAACAGUCGGCCCGUUCUACUUUGAAACAGUGGACUAUUGAAUGACCUGUAAACAUACAUGUGGAUGAAACAUGUUUCAGCCUUGGAUUUACAUUUUGUUUUUAUUAUGUUCUGUUGUUGGGAA